AUGGGGGCAUUUUCUCCCAGCACAUGGCUGUUGAUCUUCUGUGUAUCGUCAUUCAUUUCUGCAUUCAGUGGUCGAUACACUCCUGACUGGAAGAGUUUGGAUGCUCGACCACUUCCGAACUGGUACGACGAGGCAAAAUUUGGAAUUUUUAUUCACUGGGGUGUUUUUUCCGUACCUGGCUAUGGUGGCUAUGGCGAGUGGUUCUGGUGGUUUUGGCAGGGCCGGCAAGAUCCGAACUACAUUAAGUUUAUGAUGGAGAAUUAUCCUCCGGGAUUCACCUAUGCGGACUUUGCACCUAUGUUGCACGGUCAGUUUUUUGAUCCACACGAAUGGGCUGACAUCUUCGAAGCUUCGGGUGCUAAAUACGUGGUCUUUACCUCGAAGCAUCAUGAGGGUUUUACAAACUGGCCUUCCCCGAACACCUGGAGCUGGAAUUCUGUUAAUACUGGUCCUCAUAGAGACAUCGUCGGCGAUUUGGCAUCUGCCGUGCGAAAUCGGUCGCUUCACUAUGGACUCUAUAACUCGUUGUAUGAAUGGUUCAACCCUAUCUAUCUGAGUGAUAAAAAGGCUGGUUUCAAGACCCAAGAGUUUGUGCGUAAUAAACUUAUGCCAGAGCUUCACAACUUGGUCACCAGAUACAAACCAGAGUUAAUAUGGUCAGAUGGAGACUGGGAAGCACCUGACACUUACUGGAACUCAACAGAGUUCUUGGCCUGGCUGUACAAUGACAGCCCUGUCAAGGAUAUUGUGGUGACCAAUGACAGAUGGGGGAAAGGCUGUUACUGUAAACAUGGUGGCUACUAUAACUGUAAAGACAGGUACUCUCCGGGAGAGCUGCCAAGUCACAAAUGGGAGAAAUGCCAGUCCCUUGACAUACACUCUUGGGGUUUCCGCAAGAACAUGAAAGGCACGGACGUAAUGGACCUUGCCGCAGUAAUAAAUGAUCUGGUUUACACUGUUGCAAUGGGUGGGAACUACCUCCUCAAUUCGGGUCCUACUCCAGAUGGGAUGAUCCCUCCUGUAUUUGAGGAGCGUCUGAGAAGCAUUGGUGCCUGGAUGAAGGUGAAUGGAGAGGCCAUAUACGCUUCCAGACCGUGGAGGGUGCAGGCUGAGAAUGCCACUGUGCCAGUUUGGUACACAUCCAAAGGCUCCAGUGUAUAUGCGGUUUUCUGCAUAAACCCAAUGCAGUACUCAUUCAAGCUCAGUACUCCCAAAACUACUGAGGGUUCUGUGGUUACCUUGUUGGGGAAUCCUGAACCUCUGAGAUGGGCCCCAUUGCCAUCCUCUGGACUAGUCAUACUUCUGCCUGAGCUGCCUCCAACUCCAGCACAAGCCUGGACCCUGAAACUGGAUAGAGUAUAUUGA